GAAACACCGAAGGGUUGUUGUUGUUUUGGAAAUGUAAAUUUAGAGACCGUUUUUGUCUUUUGGCGGGAAAUUCCAUAAAUUCUGUGAAAAUUAUGGUGUAGAGAAACUGUUAGGAAAAGUUUGCGUCGUAGAUAGCCUUGCUUUUCGAGAUACCGUGAAGAAAGGGCGCGGACGUGAAGAAAGAAGGUGUGGGAGGGGGGCAGCAGUGUUUUCACCCUAGUAGCUUCUUGACACUUCCUGAAGAUGGGAAACGCCGUGAACAAACACAUCCAGACUGCCGAGAAGACUGGCGUCUGUGGACUGGUCGGCAUGAGACUUGACGAGUUCCCACCAGAACUGCAGAGACUGUCUAAGAAUCUGAGGACCUUAGAUGUGUCCAACAACAAGAUAGCGGUGUUGCCUAAGACCAUCGGCCAGUUUGGUAUGCUGAAAAGCUUCACAAUCAGCAACAACCGACUAGAAACCCUUCCAGAAGAGUUCUUCCAACUAAAGAAGUUGGAGACACUUUCACUAGAAAACAACAGGAUCCAGAGACUUCCCACGUCUGUGGACAAACUGACCAACCUGAAGUCGCUGUCGCUAGCGGGGAACAAGGUGGACAGCUUCCCGCUCGCUCUGUGCAAGCUCAGACACCUGGACGCACUGGACCUCUCACGAAAUGCCCUGACGGAGAUUCCUGAAGGGGUCGGUGACCUACAGGUCAUUGAACUCAAUCUCAACCAGAACCAGAUCAAUAACCUGACAGCUGCCCUGGCCACCUGUCCGCGGCUGAAGGUGCUGCGGGUGGAGGAGAACUGCCUGCAGCUGUCCACCAUCUCUCCCAAGAUCCUGGGGGAGUCCAAGGUGUCUGUCCUGGCGUUAGAGGGAAACCUGUUUGAGGUUAAGGACCUGAGGGAGUUGGAGGGUUAUGAAAAGUACAUGGACCGAUUCACAGCUACACGGAAGAAGUUUGACUGAGGGACAGAAUCAUCCCAGGAAACACUUGUGGAAUAUACAUUUAUCUACUCAUCAAUCAAGAACAAACACACAGACUGAAAAUAGUUAAUCUUAUUGUUCUUGAAAAGAUAGGGAUCGGUGUAGGUUACUUGUUACAAAAAAAGUAUGUUGUGUGCAGAUAAAAUGUUGUAUCACUGGAAUUGAAUGUAUGUUUUGUUUAUAGUACCAGUAUAGGUACACUACUUGCCAGUGGCCUUAUUGCAUGCAAGUUGAAAUUUCCCUGCCACCACACACUGAAAUUUCUGUUCAAAAGCAAAGACAAAAAAAAGAGAAAGAAUAGGGUAAUGACAUCACUUCUACCAUUCUUAUAUUCAAAUAUUAGUCAAAUAUUCCUGACCUGUGAUAUUUGCAUCUUGCACUGAUUAUGUUGUGUUUUGUUGACAAGUUUUCAUGGACAACACCUGUAAUAGCAGUGUAACAGGCCAGAAGGUACCCCUGGUCAGAAUGUACCCCUGGUCAGAAUGUCUCCCGGUAUAUUCUGGCCAGGGGUACUUUCUGGCCUGUUGCACUGGCAGACCACGAUGGAGGAUUCCUACAGAAAAUGAUAGAAUUGUUCCCAAAGUGCUUUGUCUUCUUACUAGGUGUGCAGCCAAUUUUCAGGUUUCAAAGAUGCCAAACGCAAACGUCAUGAUUAUGGAUAUAAAGUCCGCCAACUGUAACAAGUAUGAUAAUGUGGACAAAAAAAGUGGCGAACAUACAUGUGUACCAGGUAGAAUGUUGAAAGGUCUGUAUGUAACAUUUAUGAUAUUUUUUUAGGUUUGCCAAAGAAAAACAUUGUUUUUGCCGUUCCUUGUUCAUCUCCUCCAAACAGUAACCCCUGACAUGGCCAAUGACCUGAUUCGUUGACAUCUGUCACCAUGGUAACUGGUCCUGGGUUACAUAAUGUUGCAAUUUCAUAGUAGGAGGGAUUUAGACUCCUUUCAC